GUCGGCGACAUCAAUUUCAAGGUAGAGAAGCCAUUGAGCGAGUGGGCAAGAUCUUGGCGCAAGGAAUCCACAUGCAGCCAGCCUGGAAGUCCUGUCCUCCGUGCAAGAUCCAUGAUGGCACUCGCAAUGCCGACUCACCAUGCUUAAAGGCUUGUCACCAUCCUCCCGUCGAUGCCAUGCGUCAAGGCUCUCAGGGUCGGAGCGUGGGGCAGGGCAGGCGGGUGGAGGCUUCGCGCUUCGCGCUUGGUGCUUCGCGCCGCUUUCCGCUGCUCCCAGAUUGAGCGUCGUCCGUCGAUGGGAUGACGGCAAAGUGCUGAGUCAAGAUUUCCACCCUGACCCACACUGCCAUUACCACGGCCGCUGUAUCAUCGAGCAUACUGCAUCAGCACCACGAUGGCCCGCUCGCGAAGAGCAGGGAAGAAGCAAGAGGCCAUCGAAAUCGUCACGACGGAUGAAGAGGACGCAGAGCUUGAGAUGGAGGACGUGGACACCGCGCGAAUCAGGGUCAAUGGAGACGAUGAAGACGAAGAGAUGGAAGAGGUAGACGUCAGCGCAGAUCCAUACGCGGCAGUCCACCAACAAGGCAGCGGCGACAGUGUUGAUCGUGACGAACAAGAAGACGCCGAGGCCUCGACCUCUCGCGCAUCGACAUCGAAAGCGGCUCCCUUCUCCCUCACCUUCGACGAGGCUCAGCAGCCGUCAACGCCCAAGCGUGCCCGCAAUCUCAACACCGUCACACCUCGGGACCGUGCAGCUCGCCUUGAUGGCCACAAGCUACAUGUCCUUGCCCUCCUCGCCCAUGCCAAGAUGCGUAAUCGCUGGCUCAACGACGAGGACCUGCGCAUCCAGCUCUACAACAUGUUCCCAGCUCCUCUCCGCACAAAGCUGCGAGCUAUCCAUCCGAAGCGUGUGGAGUCGCAGCGCGAGCGCGUUCGCAUGUUCGAGUCGUUCCUCAACGAGCUGGUGAGAUGGUGGGCCGCACGCUUCUACCUCAAUCCGGAUCAGGCGGCCGCUGGCGCCAUACGCCAACCAAGCACCGAUUUGCUCACGGGAGCGUUUCCCCGCCGCGGGAGGAGAGUCGACGGCUGGGCAGUAGAGACACAGCGUGAUCGCGACGAGCGCAAGGCAAAGGAGGAAAAAGACAAAGAGAAGCGUCGCAAGGCUAUCUCUGCUGCGUUGCGUACCGCGGCAAAGGGAAAGGGGAAAGCGAAACCCCCCAAAAUCGACCCACUGCCUCCCAAGAAGCCCUUUGCAGAGGUCACCAUCUUCCCACCCGGGUCAGACCCUUCUGCACGGCCAGCGUACCUCCGCCUCCUUGCUCCACCUGAACCCAUCGCCGGUCCCUCUGACCUCAUCGCAGCGGCAGAAGCACGCGCAGGAUCUCGCGAGACGUCAGCUCAACUUUUUUGCAGCCUCUGUCGGUCGCUCGGGAUACCAGCUCGCCUCGUCAUCUCGCCACAGGUGGCUCCGUGGAGCGUGGGAGCAGGCAAAGUAGCCACAUCGAUGGGCGCUGUGGAUCCUGAGGAGCGAAAGGGAGCGGGAAAGGGCAAGAAGCGCAUGCCGCAGCGUACGAGAACGAGAGCUACGGAUGACGAUACGAGCGACGACUAUGACUUUGAAGACGGGCUCAGAUUGAGUCGUCCGGGAAGCACAGGGGGUAGCUUGGCGGGCAAUGAAUCUGAUACCAGCAAGGUGGGCACGCGUUCGCGCCCAAUGAGCGUGGCUAGCGACGCACCCGCGGCUGAGCAGCACGAAGUAGAGGCUAGCGGCAAUGGCGCCCGAACAAAAGGGAAGGGCAAGGGUAGGGACAAGGGCAAGGACAAGGACAAAGCGGAUGGCGACUAUCGUGACGCAAAGUGGAAGGGCCUGUCCACCCCCCUCGAAGUAGAGUAUCGCCCCAAGCUCCGGCAGUACAAGCCCACCGCCACGAAAGAGACAGCUCUCGAACCUCAGCAGCUAGACGUCGACCCCAUCGAUCUCGACUCGCCGCCCACCAUGUGGGUCGAAGUCUUUUCGAAACCUUUUCAGCGCUGGAUUACCGUCGAUCCGAUCCGUGCUCGCGUCUCGCCGACGGGCAAUAGACACAUGGAGCCCACGUCGAGCGAUCGAGCCAACAAGCUUGUGUAUGUCGUUGCAUUCGAGGAAGACGGGUAUGCGCGCGAUGUAACUGCUCGAUACACCAAGACGCUUCACUCUCGCAUCAGCCGUAUGAGACCACCCGGCGGCACGCGUAAAGGCGGUGGAGGGCCAGACUGGUGGGAGACGGUCGUCUCUGCUCUUCACCGCCCGCAAAGAUUGGAGCGAGAUGCCGUAGAGGACGCGGAGCUCGAGGAAGCCGCAAGUAAGGAGCCGAUGCCAAAUUCUGUGGGCGGCUUCAAAGACCAUCCCGUCUAUGCCCUGGAGCGUCACUUGAAACGUGACGAGGCUAUCCACCCGUACACACAGAUCGGUACCUUCUCCGGCAUCCCCGUCUUCCACCGGCGCAACGUCGUCGCCCUACGCUCUGCACGGCAAUGGUACAACGAGGGUCGCGUCGUGCGAGAAGGACAAGAAGCGCUCAAGUGGGUGAAGAGUCGCGGCUACACUCUUGCGAGCAAGCGUGCCGAGGAGCAAGCCAGGGCAGAAGGGGCUGAAGACCCACAGGAGGGGCUCUACGCUCACUUUCAGACGGAUGUCUACGUGCCUCCGCCAGUCAAAGAUGGCAUCGUCCCCAAGAACCAUUUCGGCAACAUCGACCUAUUCGUCCCCUCUAUGCUCCCCGCCGGGGCGGCGCAUAUUCCACACAACGGCGCGGCCAAGGUGGCAAAGAAGCUCGGUGUCAAUUACGCGGAGGCAAUCGUGGGCUUCGAAUUCCGCAAGCAUCGAUCUCACCCCAAGCUCGUCGGGAUCGUCGUGCCUGAGGAGCAGGAGGAUCUGGUCCUUGAUGCGUACUGGGAGUCGGAGCAUUUGGCUGCUGAGCGCGAAUUGGGUAGGAGGGAGGAGAGGGCGAUCAAGGGGUGGAGGAAAUUGGUCAACGCCUUGCGCAUUGCCAAGAGGGUGAGGGAGCAAUAUGGAAAGGGCGAGGAGGCCGAAGAAGGCGAGCAGGAGGGCGAGGGCAAGAAAGCUGCCGCUGCGCCAGGAGGCUUCAUUGCAGAGGGCGAGGAUGAUGAGGGCGACGCUCCUACGGAGCCUGAGCCGCCCAUUGAGCGAUCGCGCCUUGCGGCUACGCUGGACAGGUACGGUACAUCGAGUGGUCGAGCAGCAGCUGCUGCUGCAGCCAGAGUAGCCAACGAUGCAGACAACGAGCGCAACGGCAGCGAUGGCGAAGCGUCAGGUGACGAUGACGACGACGACGAAGAGAUACCCAACCGAGCCGACGUCCAGGCACGAGAGGAGGAACAACUGAUUGUCGAGCCUGGGGGAGCAAUCGUCUCCUUGGCCGACCUGGCCGCUCAAGGACGCGCAAGGCGAGUGACGGAGCUGGAAGACGCUGCUGCUGCUGCUUCUCCAGCAAGCGUGAAGCGUCGCAAGAUCAUCGUACGCAGUAACAGCAACAGCAAUCGUUCCGGACAAGCGACUACUGCGGCUUCUUCUCCCGCUUCAGCACCUGCCCGCGGUCGCCCACGCCGUACGGCAGCUGGGCCCCAAACCAAGAAGAAGGUUCCUCCUGCUAAGCGACGUCGGCGAGGCCGAGGCGCCUCUUCGUCCGAAGAAGAAGAGGCCACCUCGAGUGACGAUGAUAUCUCAGCCCCGGCUCCACCCGCGUCGCGCCCACGAUCUACUCGAGCCGCCGCCUCGAGAGCUAGGACAAGGGGCUCACUGCGCGAGCGGGACGAUGAUGAAGGUGAGGAAGACUGAAGGGAAUGAAGUGGCUUGCUCGAUUUGUGAGCGAAUGGAUGCGACGCCCUCGCUCUGGGUCUGCGUGCGGGCCAGUAUGCAAUGCAGGGCGACGCUUGCUGCUUCUGCUGCUUGUUUCUAUCUUCCUGUCAAUCUUCUACCGAUGGCGUCGUGCGAUCCCGUCCGAUCCCUACGUACCAAUGCAAGUCACAUCCGUUUCUUCUUCAAUCAAUCAAUCAAUGAAGCGCGAUCAG